AUGCAAGUCAAAGUGCGAACACUGGAAAGAGGUCUUUCAAUUGAUUCGAGCCCGACUGCUCAUUCCGUCAGAAAUGGCAGUCCGAAUGCGAAGUCACGUCGGGAAGAUCUGACUUCGCCAGACUUGAGGAUAGUUCGCUUUGCAGUCGUCUCUCGAGUAACGGUGAUCGCCCUAUCCGUUUUGUCGGACUGGAUCAUCCCAGAUCACAACCCCGAUACUUCGGUUGAAAGGCUGUCGACAUCUCGAUGGCUCAUGGCCUUCACACGAUGGGAUGCUGCUCGCUUCACGACGAUUGCCUUGGAAGGCUACCAGAAAGAAGAGGACUAUGCCUUCAUGCCAGUCUUGCCUAUGGCCAUGUCGAUCGGUACUCGGACCCUUGGCAUCCUCGUGCCCCACAUCGGGCCAUCUGCAACUGUAGCAAUAGGCUUAGUUAUUACGAACUGCUGCUUUGUGCUUGCUGCGUGGUUGCUCUACCGGCUGGGCUUGCUGGUGCUGCGUGACCAGCUGCUUGCGUUUCGCUCUGCCAUGGUCUUUUGCUUCUCACCUGCAAAUGUCUUCUUCAGCAGUGUUUAUACAGAGAGCCCCUUUGCUGCAUGUUCCUUUGGCGGACUUCUGCUGCUGGAGCUCAACCGACCUUGGCUAGGAGCACUGCUUUUUGGGAUAGGGACCGGGCUUAGGUCCAACGGAAUACUGAACGCAGGCUUCUUGGCCUACCAAUGUCUCUUCAUUAUCGUCCAGGAUCUACAGAGAGGACACACACUGCUUCGGACGCUGGUCGAACGUUCAAGGAAGCAUGCUGUGCUGAUGUUAGGAGUGACAUUAAGUGUCGGCCCGUUCGUGGUGUUUCAAGCGUAUGCAUGGCAGAAAGAGUGCUACGCCGGAGAUGCUUGUGCUGAAGCUGGAGAAUGUAAGCUCUCCGAGCAACCUCCGGAUUGGUGCCAGGGCUCCAUGCCCAGCAUAUACAUGCAUGUGCAGAAGAAGUAUUGGCAGGGAGGGCUGUUCUGCUAUUGGCAACUAAAACAAAUACCAAACUUCGCAUUGGCAGCACCUGCUUUGGCUCUGACUGCAUCUGGAGUUCACCACAUUCUUACCGACUUUGGCAGACAGCUGGGACGUUGGACAGAAGUGAGCUGCGAGUCCAAGCCAACCCCAAGAGCGGGCGCUGCUCUUUAUCGGGCAGUUCUUGUUUGUCCUUUGCUUCCUCAUGCGCUUCACUGGGGCUUCCUGGCAACUUAUUUGCUUCUCUGCGCGAAUGUACAGAUAGCCACUCGUGUGCUGGGAUCUGGGUGUCCCGUGUUUCACUGGUUCUUGGCCUCCUUGUUGUUUUCGCGGAGUCCGGGCAAGACAUCUAGGCUGCUAAAAUGCUACAUCGGCAUCUUUAAUUGCCUGGGAAUCAUCAUGCAUCCUAACUUCCUUCCCUGGACAUGA